GCGGCGCUCCUUGUACCUUUAUAUGUUGCUUAUUUGUCCUGAAAACUUUUUUUUGUAUAUGUUGGUAGAUAUUGCUUAUUGUUUGUCUUCUUGUGCAGUUAUGGGUUUGAAGGAGGCGCUUAGAUUGAAGUCUUUUGAUUCGAAAGAGUUGGAUGUUCGUGCUACCAAGACUCCGAAGGGUGAGACCCCGUACUUACAACUUGUGCAACAGAAUCUUUAUCCGAUUCGCGCACCGGAGGCUCCUGGUGAUCAAGGUGGUUCGGGUUCGGUCCCUACCUUAUUGCCUGUUGCUCAAACUCAGGCAACGGUUGCGGCGGAUGAUGCUGGAGGUCGGAGAGCCGGUUCGUCGAUGACGAAAGGUUCUGGCUCUAAAAUUAUUAUCGAAGAUGAGGGGGUCCAUCUUUCCGUUGAAGACACCGAGGUUCGUGCUAGUGGUGAGAAAGGAGGGGACGAUCAGAACGAGGGUGGAGACAUCGGAGGGGAUGGUGAAGACGGGGAUGAACUGCCUCAGAUUGCUUUGAAAAGAAAACGGGCUGCUCCCACCAAAUCUGACCCGAAGGCCAGGCAACCGAAAAGGACGAAGGCCGACCUUAAAGUAGUUACACUUGACGAUGACGAUCAUGUUACUGCGUUUUCUACUGCUGGAGGUGUGUUAGAGAAUUUGGAUGCUCAUCUCCACGAGGGCCGCACUCCACGGGAUCAUCUUCAAACUCCUUUGAGCCCGUUGUCCUUCGGUGAGGGUGGUGCUAGGGUUGUUACGGAUUUACGCAUCUCCGAUCCAAAGAAAGCCGUGCCUUCUCCUUCGGGUAAGUUUACUACGGGAGUUGCAUCCAACGUAUCUAGGCCGAGCUCUUCGCCGUUUGAUGGUGGGGACAGUGCUUCUUCCUCCCCUCUCUGGUAUGACACUGAGGCUGUGUUCUUGUCUCGAGAAUUAGGUUCUGGUGGUUUUGAGGGCGCGGAUGCGGCUAAUGCUUUGGAGAAGUACAUACCGGAGUGGUCGCUGGUAAAUAAGGAUAGGAUUGUGGAUGCCCUUUCGGCCAAGAUGUCUUUGUUCCACCUGGGAACUCCUGCGGAGCAUUCUUAUUACCGCAAGAUGAGUGGGCCGGAACUUGGAAAUACAUUGAUGCUGAAUCAGGCUCAGUCAAAUUCCCUAGUGGUGGAGACGUACAAGCGUUGGGUUGAGUCGGAGUCGCUGUGUCACAAGCUCAAACGUGAGAUUGCCAGCUUGAAAGGUGAGGGUGAUGUUCGGUCCAAAACAAAACAGGAACUGGUGUCCCUGCGAUCUCAAAUCGACCGACUGAAAGGGCAGGUUUCGGAAGCUAAAGAAGUUACUAAGUCUUCUCAAGCUUCGGCCGCGGCGGCCUAUGAAGCUCGUGACAAGGCUCUUCAGGAUUUAGAGGCCUUUAAGUUGGAGUUUGCUGAUUUGGAGAAGAAGUUGACCAGCGUAGAGAUGAAGCAUGCCGCCGAACUGAAGGAGAUGCGGGCAUCACAUGAUCAACUUUUGGCUGAUUAUCAUCGCUUGGUCGACGCUAAAGACGAAGUUGAAAGAGCUCGCGACAGGGAGAUCGAGUCACACAAGACAACGAUUGAUGAAGCAAGAGGGAUGUUGGUCCGGUGCGAGCGUGAUAUGAUUGAAGCAUACGCGGAACUGUCGGAGCUGAAACUUACCAAGCAAUGGUUUUUGACAGAUGGGGUUGCAUGGGUUGUUAAGCUGGUGCAUCAGAGCCCCGAAUUGGAGAAGGUGGUUGCUGAUUUGGUCAACAGUGUUAACGCGGUUGGGGCGAACGAAGGGAUAAAGCAAGGUUUCAAAGCCGCGCAGGAACUGGUUGGUUCGGCGGAAGAGGUCCCGGGCUACGAUGCCGGAGCUCAGAGUGCCCUGGAGGCUGCGGUGAAAGCUUUUGACGAACUCAAAAUUUCUGUUCUUGACAAGGUAGCCGAUUUGAUAGAGGAGCCUUUAUCGGUUAUUCGGCAGAGAAGCGAUCUUCCCAUCGUUGGGGAUGAUGACAAUAUAGCUCAAGUUUGAUGUUGUUUUUCUUUUUUUUUUUGUAACCGUA